CAGGCCAGACGCGAUUCAAUUCAGUGCCGAUUGUCGUUUUCGCACAUACCAUACACAUUAUAAUAUAUAUCGUACGGUUCCGUAUCAUUGUCCGACUUCACGCGUCGCAUCGAAAUCAAGACCCGACCUUAUAUCGUAAUACGAUAGUCGUCAUGUCGUUCAUCAUGUACCACGUCGCGUUCGCGUCCCUGGCGUUCGUGGCGGACAUAUCGGUAGCGGACAUAUCGGUAACGGAAUAUCCGGACGAAUCCCUCCAGUACCUAAACAAUGUGAAACAUGCGACAAAGACGCACCACGACGACGUAGAGUUCCUGCAAAAUGUAAUAAAACUGGACUUCCUCUGGUGGCCGAUACUCAACGAGAUGGUGAAGAUUAAAAAGCCGAAGGUGUACUUCAACCAAUAUUUGAAACCGGAAAACGAAGAAAUCGAGCAUCACCAAAAUCAAGUUUURCGGCCGUUUGUCUUCAUUUCUGACUUGAUAAAAACGAAUACGUUCACAGGUUGUGACGUCCGCUUUGCGAUGGACGCUAUYAAGUCCGCGAUGGCGUGUUCGAUGCUCAAACACAUCUCGAUGCAGGCGCUCAUGUAUCAUACUUUGAAUUCUAAUUUUAGUGAUGACAUAAUACCCGAUGGUGAGAAAAUAUUGUUUCUUGACUGGCUGAUAAACAUGGUCGAAUUGGCUUUGAAAAMAUUGAUUUCGGUGGUCCAUACUCAUGAUCCGCAGCAGCCGAUUACCCGAGCUUACCUGCUCCUCAUUGAGAUGUCACGUAAAUUGUUARGCAACACGAAUCCCGAUUUCAAAACCAAAGACUUACCGGAAAUCAGCUCAUAUAUGUACGAAGAAAUCGUUAGGACRUGCGCGGCGCCYACUGACCACAAMGGUUAUUACAAAUCAUUGGUCGUCAAUUUUAAUAGAGACAAAAUGGUCGAAGACCUGAAGAAACAUMGCACAAAGAUCACUGAAACCUUGAAAAAAGUCAUUGAAAUACAUCGUAUUGAAACAAUGCGCAUGUAUGAAGGAGAUAUAAUCAUCAACGAAGACAUAAAUUAUGAAAAUAUUACUGAACUUGGAGAUGAUGUACUGAAAAAAGCCAUGAUCGCAAACUACUUUCAAAUGAUCUUUUUAUACUUGAACUUGCCCAUACAAACCUUGAAAGAUUCCCAGUGGAAGGAAAUUUAUAAUAAGAUAAUCUUAGAUCCCCUGCCUGAUGAAUAGCGUCGGGACUGUAAUCACUAAGAGUGUAAUAUUUUAUGUUAUAAUAACGCUAUUAACUAUUGAUUUUAAAAAGUUUGUAAUUGAAAUGACUUGACA